AAAGAUGGGGUUUUGCUAUAUUGGCCAGGCCAGUCUCGAACUCCUGGUCUCAAGUGAUCUGCCAGCCUUAGCCUACCAAAUUGCUGGGAUGACAGAUAUGAGCCACUGUGCCUGGCUGCCUUCUCCCAAGAUUUCCAGGCUGAGAUGUGAAUAAUAAAUAGCAGUGAGCCAGGGUUAGGUAGAAUAAAGAGUGUUCCAGCCAGAAGGAGUAGGAGUUGUAUAGGCUCUGAAAGAGGAGAAACCGUGGUCUAUUCAGAUAUCUGAAAUGGAGAGAACAAGGGGAAGGGUAGCAAAAAAUGUGACCUGAAAGGUUAGAGCAUGGCUAAAAUACACAGGGUCUUGUAUACAAGGUUAAGGAUUUUUACCUAAGAGUCCCCUUGAUGGAUUAAGCAGGAAAGGGACAUUGCUAGAUUGACAUCAUGCACUAUUACAUUAGCUAUAUUACAGAGGACAAAUUAAGACAGUCUGGCAUAAAUUUAAGAAGAUAAUGUGGGAGCUAUUGUGUGUGAUUUGCAGAACACACCAUAGGGGUUUCCAUUCAUGUAUACAGGUUGUGCAUCCCUAAUACAAAAAUCCAAAACCUGAACUGCUCCAAAAUCUGAAGCUUUUGAGUGCCGACAUGAUGCCAUAAGUGGAAGAUUCCACAUCUGACCAAACGUGAUGGUUUGUAAUCAAAAUGCAGGUGCACAACACAUGAUUUAUUCAAUGUCUCCAAGGGAAAAAUAAAAUUACCUUCAGGCUAUUUAUAUAAGAUAUAUAUGAAAAAUAAAUGAAUAUUAUGUUUAGACUUGGGUCCGAACCCUAAGGAAUCUCAUUAUGUAUGUACAAAUAAAUAUUACAAAGUCCAAAAAAAUACCAAAUCCACAGCAUUCUGGUCUCAAGAUUUUCGGAUAAGGAGUGAAUAUUCAACUUAUAUUACCUUUGCAGUGGUCUGGAUGAAAGAUGAUGUUGGCUUGGACUGUAGUUGUGACAGUGCAAAUGGAGAAAAGUGGACAGAUUUCAGAGCUAUUUUAGAUUUAAUGACCCCAAAAUUUAUCUCCAGACCAGACAUCUUUCCUGAACUUUGGAGCAUGUAUAUCUCGAAUGCCUGUCCUUGGAUAUCUCACAAAUAUCUCAAACUGAACAGGCUUUUAAAAAAAUAGAACACUGCAAACAUUAAUCUGUCUCCAAAAAGAAAAAAAAAAGUAAUUUUCUCUUCCAAUAUUCCUUACAGUACCAAAUAGAACUAACAUCCACUCACUUGCUAACCAUGUCUACUAGUAGUGACCACUAGACUACUUAGCUAUAUGUAGCUGCAGUUGAUAUGGCUUUUUAUAAUUUAGAUUAUAUUCCAUGUAAGUUUAUUUAGAAACAUUUAUUAUAGAAAGUGUUAAUAAAAUCCCGGGUUGAGGAUUCUCCUGCCUCAGCCUCCCAAGUAGGUGGGAUUACAUGCAUGUGCUACUACACCUAGCUAAUUUUGUAUUUUUAGUAGAGACGGGAUUUCUCCAUGUUGAUCAGGCUGGUCUUGAACUCCCAACCUCAGGUGAUCCACCCCCCUCAGCCUCCCAAAUUGCUGGGAUUAUAGGCAUGAGCAACUAUAAAAGACUAGCCAGAGAUAGUCUUUAAUAACAUGAAUAUCUUUAAUAAUUUUUUAGUAUAAAUAUAUUAUGUCAGGGUACAUAUGAGGUUAAUUUAGUCCCACUUAAAAUCAGUUCUGUGUUUGAUUAUAUUUUUGUUUUGUUUUUAGAAUUACAUAUACAGUCAACAUAUUAAACCAAUCAGAAUAGAAUCCUUUUACUCCUACUUUCCAAAUUUGACAUCGGGACUAUUAGUAAGAUUGUCUGCAUUUAUUAGAUUUAUUUCUGAUCAUGAAAUAUACUUUUACUUCUUUUCAGUGGAGCAGUUUAAUUGGCUAUAGGAGAUUUACUGCAUGAUUAUGACUUAUAAUCAAGGCAUUGAAAUAUUGUUAUACAUAAACUGUGAUAACAAAGACGACGACUUGUUUAUAUUCAAAUGCCAAUCAAAUUUGUCCUUUGGGACAUUUGUUGACUUGUUAGGUUUUUAUAACUUUGUUCCUUUCAGUGUUACUUUUUAAGUGCAGUAUGGUCAUCCCUUGGUGUAUCAUGGGAGAUUGAGAUUGGUUCUGGGACCUCCUGAAGAUACCAAAAUCCACAGAUGCUUAAGUUUCUUGUUUUACAUGGUGUAGUAUUUGUAUAUAACCUACUCACAUCCUUCCAUAUACUGGACUUUAAAUCUCUAGAUUACUUAUAAUACCUGAUACAAUGUAAAUACUAUAUAAAUAGUUGUUAUACUAUAUUGUGUAGGGAAUAAUGAUAAGAAAAAAAGUCUGUAUCUGUUCAUUACAGACACAACCAAUCUUUUUUUCCCCCAAAUAUUUCUGAUGUGCAGUUGGUUGAAUCCAUGGAUACAGAACCCACAGAUGCAGAGGGCUGACUGUACAAGUCUGUCAGAAAACUAAAGUGCUGGUAGGCUAAUAAUUGAUCACUGUAUGACUUAUAAUACAGGUGAUACUACUUCUGAUUCUAGAUGGAGGUUACUUAUUCUGUAUCUUCAAUUAUUAAACCACAGAUAGACAAAAAAGGGACUUACAAGUAUUUGGAGGGAAAAACCACAAAGUUUAUGCAUGAAAUUCAUGUGCCUUAAGGUGAGCUCUUUACCCGUAUUAAGAUUUUACUCAGAUCUGUGAUGUUGUAUGAAAUUCUAAUGAAAUUUAUCUGGAUUUCUAUGCUGUAACAGAUAAUAAAUCUAUAAUUCCAUUUCCAUGAUUUAGAAAUCCAAAAUGCUCUGGAAGCCAAAAGUUUUCUUAACCCUUAUAGUGGCAAAACAUGACCUGAACUGAUAAGGAUAUUGGUGGUCUUUAUUUACCCCUUCUUAGUGUGAAUAUACAUUUUGCUACAGAAAUAUUACUAUUUAUUUGGGGUGUUGCCUCAGACUCGACUAGGAUGUGAUACGUAUAUAUGUUGUAUUACCUUUCUGAAAUCCAAAAUAUUCUGAAUUUUGAAAUAUAUUUGGCCUUAAGGUUUUUAGAUAAGGAAUUGCAGACCUGUAUAAUCAGGCACAUUGACUACAUAUAGUACUAUUGAGGACUAAGAUACGGAGCUAAGGUUUAUCUGGUAACUUAAAAAUAUUUUUAAAUACAGCAAUGUGAGACCUUUCAUUAUGGAGCAGUGCUUCUCUCAAAUAAUAUGGAUCUCUUUUAAGGAAAAAAAAAAUCUCAUUUUGAGAAUUGCCGAUUUUAGUUCUAAAGCAGUUUUCUUUUAAAAUGUCUCUCACUUUUCUGUUUGAAAAUGGUAAAAUACAUUUUUUAUUAUCAUUGAAGUGAAAGUACGUUUUUAUUAUCAUUGAAGUGAAAGUACGAAAUGAAAAUUUGUAACACUCGUGACCUGUAAAAUGUAUCCAUUAACCUUUUACCUCCAGGGAUAUGUCCUCUACCUACUUCCAGUUGAGAUUCGUUGUCAUAAUGAGCAACUCUGACUGGUUAGAAGUUUAUCAGACCUCUCAAUUGUGCUGAGGUAGAAAGAAAAACAUAAGAAAUGAUGUGCUAAAAUAAAAGAUAAUGUACUCUAGUGAUGUUGUCAUGAGAAACUAAUGUAAACAUCUGUUUCCAGCAGCAUGGUGAACCAAGUACCUGCAUCAAGGUACCAAGUACCUUCAACUUUCUGCUGAAAACAACCUAAAAUGCUGGAUAAAAUAAAAUCUUAAAUGCAUCAGUGCUCUGGGCACAAAGUGGAGGGUACUUAGACAAGGCUGAGUUCUGAAUCCGGCUAUUGCCUUGAGGAUAUUUGCCAAAUCAGAACUAUAAGAGUAAAUGGGUCCAGUAAUUGGAAUGACUCCAGAUAAGAGAGCUGAAACUCCAGGAGCUGAAAAGAUUGCAGGAUUAAGCCAGAUUUACAAAAUGGGAAGCUUGCCUGAAGCUGUUGAUGCUGCCAGGCCAAAGGCCACUCUAGUGGACAGUGAGUCAGCAGAUGAUGAACUCACAAACUUGAACUGGCUUCAUGAAAAUACUAAUCUUCUAACAAACUUCAGCCUUGGAACUGAGGGUCUUCCAAUUGUUAGUCCAUUGUAUGACAUAGAGGGAGAUGAUGUGCCAUCCUUUGGACCACCUUGCUACCAGAACCAAGAAAAAAAAUCAGCAACUUCAAAACCCCCAUACUCCUUUAGUCUUCUCAUUUAUAUGGCUAUUGAGCACUCUCCAAAUAAAUGUUUGCCUGUCAAAGAAAUUUAUAGCUGGAUUCUGGACCAUUUUCCAUAUUUUGCUACUGCACCAACAGGCUGGAAGAAUUCUGUGCGACAUAAUCUGUCCCUGAAUAAAUGUUUUCAGAAAGUGGAAAGAAGCCAUGGCAAGGUUAAUGGAAAAGGUUCCUUAUGGUGUGUUGAUCCGGAAUAUAAACCCAAUCUUAUACAGGCACUGAAGAAGCAGCCUUUUUCUUCAGCAUCUCCACAGAAUGGUUCUUUAUCACCUCACUAUUUAAGCUCUGUACUCAAGCAGAACCAGGUGCGAACCCUCAAAGAAUCUGAUAUCGAUGCUGCUGCUGCAAUGAUGCUUUUAAAUACUUCUAUAGAACAAGGAAUUUUAGAAUGUGAGAAGCCUCUUCCUAUUAAAACAGCAUUGCAAAAAAAAAGGAGUUAUGGCAAUGCGUUUCAUCAUCCCAGUGCUGUACGAUUACAAGAGAGUGACUCUUUAGCCACCAGCAUUGAUCCAAAAGAAGAUCACAAUUACAGUGCAAGUAGCAUGGCAGCACAGCGUUGCGCAUCCAGGUCUAGCAUGUCUUCCCUGUCUUCUGUGGAUGAGGUGUAUGAAUUUAUCCCAAAGAGUAGCCAUGUGGGAAGUGAUGGCAGUGAAGGAUUUCACAGUGAAGAAGAUACAGACAUUGAUUAUGAAGAUGAUCCUCUUGGAGACAGUGGCUAUGCAUCACAGCCUUGUGCAAAAAUCUCUGAAAAAGGGCAGUCAGGCAAAAAGAUGCGAAAACAGACAUGUCAGGAAAUUGAUGAGGAGCUCAAAGAGGCAGCUGGAUCUCUGCUCCACCUUGCUGGAAUUCGUACCUGUUUAAGUUCCCUAAUAAGUACUGCAAAGACACAAAAUCAAAAACAACGGAAAAAAUAGAAAUACUUAAAGUGUGGCAAUACUCUUUCACUUAAUUCUUUACAAGGGAUAUCAAAGCCAUAAUGGACUUCGUUAGUUUUAGGGUAGGGAAGGGAUACUAAUUACUUAUUUCUUUCAAAACAUUUUUGGUUUUUGGUUUUUAAAAUUUUUAUUAAACAAUUGCUGUCAGGAUCAUGCCUGAUCGGAAAUAUAUGAUGUGAAGCCCUAAAAGCAUAAUUUUUGUGAUAAGUGUCUCCAAGAUUUGGAAAUUUUUAUAUAAGGAUAUCCCCAGCCUCUGUCUUAAACUUGUAGGACAAAAAUCCUUCCCUCUGUUAAUGUGUUGGAAUGUAAGAUUUGGUGACUCUCAAUUUUUUUCAUUUUCUUUUCCAAUCUGUAACUAUAGUUACUGAUCCAGCUAAAAAUUUUGCUGAUGUCUUUUUCAUAUACUUCUCUCCUGACACAUAGUCUGGUAGGAUAAGAUUGAUUUUUUUUAACUUUGUCUUAUUUUGUUUUUAAUUAUUUUUUUGUUUGGUGUGAGCAAAGUCAAACAUAAAUUAAAAAACAUCCUGAUGUUUAGAAAGUUUCUUUUGGUUACAUAGGUAGAGAAUACAAAAAGGGUUCUAAGAUUUAGAAAGGGGAAUUUUGUGGUAUCAUUUCAUCUAAGAACACUCCCAAUUCCUAUUAUGAUGGUAGAUUUGAAGUGUUUUUACUUCACAGAUACUGCAUAGCAUUUAUUGGGGCCUUUAUUUCUCUCCCAAGUUGCUUUGCAAACAUUAAGUUUUAGCCACUAGCUGCCUUUGUUGAGUGUAAGUUAUCCAGUGAGAGGAGAUAGCCAAUAAAAUAUGUUAUGGAGUACACCCAUUUUGACACACUUGUAAUAAGAGAAUCUUUCAUUUGCCUGCCACAUGUACUGCAUUCUGAGAAUCUUGUAACAGGAAUGGAGUGUAAUGAAACAUUUUGAGUACUGAUUACAUAUGUCAUCAUAAGUAGGUCAUUUAGGAAAAAACUUCUGUCCAAGCUUUGUAUGAUUAAAUUCAUAAGUAUACCAAAUUAAAUGUUAACAGAUUUAGUGCAAUUUUACAGGCAAAAUACUUUGAUGAAUUUCAAAAUUCAUCUAAAAUUGAUCUUAUACAAUACACCCUUUUGAGGACACAGUGUAAUAACCUUUAGUUCCAUUGAUCCAUGAUGAAAAGAUUUUCUGGUACUAUUUCAAAAAUGCUUUGACUAAAUAUCUUAACUAUUUGAACAGUCUGCUUAUAUGAGACAGUUUUUCAUAGUAUCAUUUAUAUAGUUUGAUUAGAUUAUUUGGAAACAGGAUGCUAAACUAAACUUAUUCAUUGUAUUUUUUUUUCUUUUUUUACAAUGGUGGAAGCACCUUUUCAAAAGUUCAGUCUUAUGCUGCAUCCUAAGUCAUAGACAAUGAUCUUGUUUUCAUUAUUCUGAUAGAUUAUGUAUAUAUGUACACAUACAUACACAACAUGCACAGUCAAGGUAACAAUGUUGACUUGAUGCUUUUAGCUGUGUCUAUGAUUAUAAAGCAUUUUUUUAAGAGACAAAUAUUUUAACUUUUAUUUCAGCAAAACUGUCAUGAUUUUAAAAACUUUUUUUUCAAUUGACAAGACUUGAAGUCAGGCUAACAGUAUUAACGUUCUCUGUUCUGUUUCCAUGUUAAAUUUAAUUUAACCUGGAUAGCCACAUUAAUGAAUUGGUGCUGUCAAAAUACAGUAAUUUUUAAACUUGUUAAUGAAAAAUAGCAUACAGGCUAAGGUAUUUGGGUUUUUUCUUUAUAUAGGUCACAUCUACAGAAAAUGACUAAACCGAGUUAACUUUUAUUAUAGACAGUGAAUAAAACACCAAAAAACCAAAAAUGCUUUAACCACAGUAUAAAUUAUAAAAAGAUUACACAUAUCAUUUUAAAAACUAUUUUUAAGUUAUUUACCAUAGUCUUCUGCAUAGACUUUAGGAACAGUGUUUCAGUGAUCUGGUACCAGUUUAUUUUGUUCUGAAAUUCUAUAUCACAAAUGUGCCACUUGGUUUCUAUCCAUUAGAUAAUUACUCUUUAGAAGUAAAGGAAAGUGAUCUAAGAGAAGCAGAGUUAGUUCAGGCUCUAGUAGGGAUCUUCAAAGUUAUUUUGUCUUGAUGUAUGUAACAGUAAUUCUUUACAUCUUUUGAAUUUUCUCUUCCUUUUUAUGCACUCUUCCCACAAAUUUAAAUGUUUAAGUUAUAUUCAUCACUAGCAAGGAUGAUAAACAUUUGUGCACUGAAAGCUAACAGGGAGAAGUUACACAAUAUUUUACAGUUUCAUAAACAUAAUUUAGUGCAUCACCUUCCACUUGCUAAUUUAGCAAGUCAGUUGUUUUCAAGGGGGAGAGCCUUUUAAAUUAUGGUCCUCCAAUUACUCCUUCCAUUGGGAUUAUGCUUAUUCCUCAGGUGUUUUGAGAAACAUGGCUAAUAACCACACAAUUAAGUAGAGUCAUUCCAAGUUCUAUGGACUGGAAAUUGUAUUCCCAAUAAUAUGCAAAUUUUCCUUUAAUAAAAACAGCUUGGAAACUCCAAGGAAGUUCACAUGUUUUCCAACAUAUCCUAAAACGGUGAUUUAAGCUAACAUAUAAUUUGCCCUUCAUCAAAACAAUACAAGUUUUGUUGCAACUGAUUCCAGUAGAUCCCUAGUAAAAAGCUUUGAUUCAGCACAAUUGUUCAUCUUUCACAUCCCAAAUAGAAUCAGUGUUUCUUGAAUAUAUAUUUUUGAAGGUUUUUUGUGCAAUAUAUUACUAAAUCAGUUAUUAUUUUACUUUUCAAAUUCAGAGAAAGAAAAACAGAUUACCUGAAUUCAUGGAAAAGGUGGAUCACCUCCCUUUUUCCAUCUUCAAGCCUUUCCUGUCCUCAUAGCCAGCAUGACUUCUUUUAACUUGAAUUCCUUUGUAUAUAGUAUAGUUAGGUAUAUAUAUUUUUUCUUUUGCUACUUUCUGAGGCAUUAUGUAAAGAGUUCAUACUAGAUGUUCACUUCAAUAUACUUUAGCACAAAGUCAAACUAGAGAAUGUGUUAAAGAGGGAAUGUAUGUGUCUUGGUAGACCAGGAGGCCUUUCCCAGCAAUUUAAGCAAAAGAUGUGAAUACUUCACAAAGCUGUAAAGACCAUUGUCUUAAAUACUACAACACCUUAACACCCUUUUGUGAACGCCAUAGCAUUUAUUUAAGAAACUUUGAGGCUUUCUGGUUUACAUAUAUGUUAUAGGUUUUUUUUAAGUUUGAAAUGUGUAAGCUUUGAUUUAAACCAAGUUUACUUCAAUAUGUUAAUGAUGUAGUAAAAAUAUUUAUUGAAAGGCAAAUUGGAGUAUUUUAAUAUUAUACCUGCCAUUUUUUUUUCUUAAAGCAUAUUCUUUGCAUCUAACUGCCAGUGCCAUUGUCAAAACUUAUUUUUUAAAUUGUUGUACAUUUCUUAUUAAACUAAGUGCUUAAAGUAUUAUGUUGCCAUCAUAUAGUGUAUAAAAACAUAAUUGCCAAUUCAUUGUAACUAUUAUUUAUUUUUAAAUGAAAGUGUAAGAAUGCUUUCUGAUUCAACAAAUUUGUUAUCAAACUGUUUUCUUAUUCUUUUUUCUGAUGUCGUGUAAAAAUUGUCCCAGUUUGAGUUAUAACUGCCAAUAGAUGACCAGUCACAAGUGAGCCACUUCUCCGUUGCCAGUCUUUGCUCAUAUUAAAAACAACUUACAAACGCUUAGUUUUUGUAUCUAAUCUCUGGUUAUUAAAAUGUUUAUAAAGUUUAUUUUUACCAAAGAGAAGCAAUCCAUUAUGACAAAGUAUUGCAUAAUAAACUUUGUUUUAUAACAUU